AGUAAGUAAGUUGCGACGGGCGCGCGAAAAGUUGACCGCGAUUAUUUUUAAAUACUAACAGUAACAAUUUGAGUGCUGCAUUUAAUGUGAAACAAUUGUUUUGUGCCCCACAAGAAGGACAUCAUGUACCUGCACAAGUCAAUCGCUUUAUUAACUUUAUGCCUUCUCCUCGGCUUCUGUUCCUGCUACAACGAAGAGCUGAAACAAAGGGGCGAGCUGAGGAAGGCGUGUUCGAGACGCGGUCACAUUCGCCAGCCUGAAAGACGAGUCGACACAACGAGCAGACUGACCAAACUCAGGGAGAUAAUGAGAUCCGAAGUGGCACUGGCUAUGCCAGCAAUUGACGCCUACAUCGUUCUCUCCGGGGACGAACACCAAAGCACGGACGUGGACGAGCACGACAGACGACGGGAGUACAUCUCGGGCUUCAGCGGGUCGUACGGGGACGCCAUCAUAACGCAGCACAAGGCUGCCUUGUGGACGGACGGGCGGUACCACCUCCAGGCCGACGAGCAGAUGAACUGCGACUGGCUGCUGAUGAGGGAGGGCCACAAGAACAUACCCUCCAAAGCCCAGUGGCUCAAAGACCAACUUCCGUUCGGCUCCAGAAUCGGCAUCGACCCCAAAAUCAUAUCGCAGCACAUGUGGAUACAGCUGAAGCACGAGUUCCAGGACGCCCACCUCAGGUUGGUCGGCCUGAACAGCAGCCUCAUCGACCUGAUUUGGCCGGAGGACGAGCGGCCGCCCAGGAGGAGCAAGGACGCCUUCGUGUGGGACAUAAAAUACGCAGGCAAGAACUACACGGAGAAGCUGGCGGAAACGAGGCGGGAAAUCAAGAGGUGGGGCGCGGACGCCAUGGUGGUGACGGCCUUGGACGAAAUAUCCUGGUUACUCAACAUCAGGGGCAGGGACGUGCCCUACAGCCCCUUCGUGCGAAGCUACGUCAUCAUUGAGGAGUACGACGUCUAUUUCUACGUUAACCGAAGCCAGCUGCUCAGGAACAAUGUCACGCAGUACCUGCAGGCGGCUGCACCUUAUAUAGUCUCUGACACCGUCAUCAUAAAAAGCUACGACAGCAUUUGGAACGACUUGAAGACGAAAUCUCAGAAGUACAACAAAAUCUUAGUACCUAGCCAUUGCGUUUAUAGUGCGGGAGCCAGUCACGCAAUUUACAGCCACAUAAUUCCUGAAAAAAUCCUCCCCAGGCAAUCACCAAUCAUUUACUUGAAAGCCAACAAGAACCCCACCGAAAUAGUAAACAUGAGAAGUGCCCAAAUCACUGACGCAGCUGCCUUCUGCGACUGUCUAGCUUAUUUCGAAAAGCGGUUUAAAGUCGGUGACUCGUUCACUGAAAUGGACAUGGCCAAAAUCCUGGACACGUACCGUUACGAACAGAACCUGAGUCUGGGCAACAGUUUUAGGACGAUAGUAGGUUUUGGAUCGAACGCCGCCCAACCCCACUACGAACCCACCCCCAACACCAACGUGCAAAUACUUGACAACAGUACCAUCGUACUAGACUCCGGAGGACAAUACUAUAGUGGCACGACAGACGUGACCAGAACGAUACACUUUGGUACUCCCACAGAGGCACAAAAGGAAGCCUACACCAGGGUACUGAUAGGGGCCAUACAAUUUUCCACUCUGACCUUCCCAAGCAACAUGAGGAUGUCGGCCGUAGACGUCCUAGCCCGCUCCCCACUUUGGGAGGUCGGCCUGGACUAUUUGCACGAAACUGGGCACGGAAUUGGGGCGUUUCUAGAAGCUCACGAAUCCCCAAUUAAAGUCUAUUACGAAUCUGACGUCAGUAGCCAACAGGAGUUCAAGCCGGGCUAUUUUUUGACCAACGAACCUGGAUUUUACAGUGAAGGGGAGUUCGGAGUCAGGCUGGAGAAUGUGCUGGAGGUUAUCGAGAAGCCCUGGUUGAGGCACACGUCCGGGCACGAGUUUUUGGGCUUUAAGGUGCUCACUUUGGUACCGUACGAACCGAAGUUGUUGAAGCUGAGCCUUUUGUCGGUCCACCAUAGGAGAUGGAUAAAUAAUUAUCACGAGCAAGUGCGAAUACAUGUGGGAGCGGAGCUGAAGAGGCAAAAUAAAAUGGACGGCUUCUAUUGGAUGAUGGAGAAAACGAAACACAUUCCAGAGUAUGGACACAGUAAUAUUAUUUCCUGCCAACCAGUACUUAUUUUUGUUACCAAUGUAUUUUUGUUAAUAAUUUUAUUUUAAUAAUUAUAGUUGUCAUUAUUUAUAA